UCCCGGUCUCCGCCGCCUGCUUUUCUGCCCGCCUCCGAGACCUGCCCUGUCCCCCGCCUUCUCUCGAGGGCGGCUUCUGCUUUCCCUUUCGCCGCCACUCCACUUUGGUCGGUGCUCGCCAUGACCUUGUUGACUGCCGGUAGCAGGGCGGCCGCGCGCCUCUUGGGAGCCAAGAAUUCAUCAUGUAUCAUUUUUGCUGCCAGACAUGCAAGUGCUUCUAGUAAUCUGAAAGAUGUUCUUGCAAAUAUGAUACCCAAAGAACAAGCAAGACUUAAAAGCUUCAGACAACAACAUGGCAGUACUGUCAUUGGACAAAUCACUGUAGAUAUGGUCUACGGUGGCAUGAGAGGUAUGAAAGGACUAAUAUACGAGACUUCUGUCUUGGAUCCUGAUGAGGGCAUUCGUUUCCGUGGCUACAGCAUUCCUGAGUGCCAGAAGCUGCUACCCAAAGCCCCUGGAGGUGCAGAGCCCCUUCCUGAAGGGCUCUUUUGGUUACUGGUGACAGGAGAGAUUCCUUCUCAAGAACAGGUGACUUGGGUGUCUCGAGAGUGGGCUAAGAGAGCAGCCCUGCCUUCCCAUGUAGUGACUAUGCUUGACAACUUCCCCACCAAUCUUCAUCCCAUGUCACAACUCAGUGCUGCUGUCACAGCUCUCAACAGCGAGAGCACUUUUGCCCGCGCCUACUCUGAGGGAAUUAGCCGGACCAAGUACUGGGAGUUUAUCUAUGAAGACUCCAUGGACUUGAUUGCCAAGUUGCCUUGUAUUGCUGCAAAGAUCUAUCGCAAUCUUUACCGUGAAGGUAGCAGCAUUGGCGCCAUUGAUCCCGCCUUAGACUGGUCAUACAACUUCACCAACAUGCUGGGCUACAGUGACCCCCAGUUUAUUGAACUUAUGCGGCUCUACCUCACCAUUCACAGUGACCAUGAGGGUGGCAAUGUCAGUGCUCACACUAGUCAUCUUGUGGGCAGUGCUCUCUCUGAUCCCUACCUAGCUUUUGCUGCAGCUAUGAAUGGUCUGGCUGGGCCUCUUCACGGUCUCGCAAAUCAGGAAGUGCUGGUGUGGUUGACAAACUUACAGAAGGAACUAGGUGAGGAGGUAUCUGAUGAAAAACUGAGGGACUUCAUUUGGAACACUUUGAACUCUGGCAGGGUGGUUCCUGGCUAUGGACAUGCUGUACUGCGGAAGACAGAUCCCCGCUACACCUGCCAGAGAGAAUUUGCUCUCAAGCAUCUUCCCAAAGAUCCUCUCUUCAGGCUAGUAGCCCAGUUAUACAAGAUUGUCCCUAAUGUGCUUCUGGAGCAGGGAAAGGCCAAAAAUCCUUGGCCCAAUGUGGAUGCACAUAGUGGAGUCCUGCUACAGUACUAUGGCAUGAAGGAGAUGAACUACUACACUGUGCUGUUUGGUGUGUCUCGGGCCCUUGGCGUUCUGUCGCAACUCAUCUGGAGUCGGGCCCUGGGCUUCCCACUGGAGAGACCAAAAUCCAUGAGCACAGAUGGGCUGAUGGUGCUUGUGGGUGCAAAGUCUGGUUAAAAGCAAGGGAAUCGGCAGGGGUUUUAGAACUAUUGAGGGAAUGAUAGAGACAAUGCAAUUUUUUUUGUGUUUGUUCAAAGGGCCUUGAAAAGAUCCUUCCUUAGAGGCAUUGGCCAUCACUUUUUUCCAGGUUAUUUAUGAAAUAAAUGCAGAUAAAAGCUAGAUUCUUAUUACCCACUCCCAACCCCCUCCACACAUUACCUUAAUUGUCACCAAAAGUUAGAUUCUGAAAGGCAAGGCCUUCCUCCCAUGUCCCUUUCUCCACAGGCAGCUCUUCCCAACUUGAGCUGAUGCCCAAAGUAGAGAAAGUGCUCCUUUCCAGUUCAGAUUCAUUUCCGUUGCCCCAAAUUGUACCACCAGGAGUAGAGGACACACUGCCCCUUUCUACAAUCAUGUCAUUACCACACACUGUGUUGAACCAUCUCCAUACGGAUGGGGUGUUCUGCAUUUGAACAAUGUGCUCCUUUUUAAACCUCCUUGGAGUGUUGCUUUUUUAUCAGUGGGUGAGAGGGAGGGAUGGUCCUCUCCUUCAAGAUGUCCAGCCUUCUUCCCAUUCUGUGCUAUUUUUAUUCUGUUAUAGUGUGAAGCAAUGGAUUUAUGUUCUUAAAAGGAUAAAGAUGCUGGCACAGCUGAGGCUUGAGCUACCAUAUUAGUGUGCUGAAAAAAUAUUGCUUACCUCUUUGUCUAACAAAGAGGGACAGUUUGCUUCCCCCCCCCCCCAACUACCACAAUACCUGAUUCUCUGGGUUCCCUUUGGGCACACACUCUCUUCUCGAGUUGGACAUUUCCUCCUCAAAGAUCCUGAUUUUGUGUGGGUUGGUGCUUUGUUUCCCAAAUCAGAGCUAUAGCAAUAGCUGUAGGCAGGAACAAAGUGGCGCCUUAUGUGGGAAACCUUUCUGAUAUUUUCUUUCCCCCUCACCAUUAACUUCCAUGUCAGAAUGGUGAAAUUGAAAAAGUGGAGUGGAGGUUGCCUAAAAUAUUGGUAAUGCUUCUAUAAUCGCAGUUGUGAACAUGUUGCAAAGUGGCAUUAAAUCAGUUGCCACCAAUUUGAGACAAAGUCCGCCUCCAGGCCUCCUUUCCUCUCUUGAAAGGACUUCAUACACUCCUACCAAUGUUUGUUUUUCUGUGUUUGUGGGAAAUCCUUUGUCCUAUAACCUCAAGAGAAAAAAAAACCUCCACUUAAGCUGAAGAUGCAGGGUAAGUGCCUGUGUCAGCUUCUGUUGCAAACUUUGGAUGGUUCUGUAUAAACUGAAAAAUAAAUGUUUUUAUUAACAAGUUA